GAAAUGGAAUUUUGUUCUUUUACUUUUUUUUGGAUGGAAAACGACAACAAAUAAUAUCAACUUCUAGUCGAUCCACCUGAUCAUACCACCACAUUCUCCUUUUAAAACUUCUCUUUUCUCGCCAAAGUCUCCUUUUAAAGGUGUUUUUUUGCAUCGAAGUUUGAACUUCAUCAUUGCUUCGAAGUCCGCCAUAGCCAAACGCCUCUCUCAGCCACACUUUGUCUCGUUUCUUUCCUAAAUAAUAUCAAACAAGGUCCUUCCUUAUGACGUCAUGCAGUCGGUGCUUGGCUUCCAGCGGUGUUACCUCGGAUGGUCUGAUCCGUAUCCGGCUUCCUCCGAGAGCCACACUGGCAGCGGCAAAGAUCUCGAUUCUUCCUCGAAAUUUAGGCGACCUGCGGCCGGGGAACGUUCUCCGGUCGAGGCAUUUACGCGGGCUUAUGCCUCCGGUGGAGGUGGUUGCCGCCGGAGCAGGGUGGGAGAGGUCUUCGGACGGGGGUGAGGAGGAGAAGGAGAAGGUUGGCGUGUGCUCGUACACGAUUGGGGAUCAGAGAGUGUCGGAUGUGGAAACAACUGGCGGCGAGUUUGAUCGGAGGAAGGGGUUGGAAAUCGUGGCAGCGGCGGCUGUUACGGUGCUGCUUGGAGUUGGAAAUCGAGUGUUGUAUAAGCUCGCGUUGGUUCCUCUGAAACAGUACCCUUUUUUUCUCGCCCAGCUCGCUACUUUCGGAUACGUAAUUGUAUACUUCUCUAUCUUGUAUAUACGGUAUCAUGCUGGCAUUGUUACUGAUGAGAUGCUUUCCAUGCCGAAGGCUCCAUUUCUUGCAGUAGGCCUGUUAGAAGCUCUUGGUGCUGCUACUGGAAUGGCAGCUGGAGCUAUUCUAUCUGGAGCAUCAAUUCCAAUUUUGUCCCAGACUUUUCUUGUUUGGCAAAUUCUCCUGUCAGUUGUUUUCCUUGGGAGGAAAUAUAGAGUAAAUCAGCUUUUAGGGUGCUUUCUUGUAACUAUUGGUGUAAUCAUAACAGUAGCAAGUGGGUCUAGUGCUGGACAUUCAUUGAAAGAAGCGGGUAUUUUUUGGAGUCUUUUGAUGAUAGUUUCGUUUUUGUUCCAAGCAGCUGAUACAGUGUUAAAGGAAGUAAUUUUUCUUGAUGCUGCUCAACGACUAAAGGGGAAAACAGUUGAUUUAUUUGUUGUAAAUUCUUUUGGAUCUGCUUUCCAAGCACUCUUUAUAUGUAUACUCUUACCCUUUUUAUCAAAACUAUGGGGCAUACCAUUUGCCCAGCUACCAAACUAUCUAAAAGAUGGUGCAGCUUGCUUCUUAAACAUUGGUGGAUUAUCCAAAGGCUGUGAUGGAGCUCCGCUGCUACCUUUGCUUUUUGUUAUUGUUAACAUGGGUUUCAACAUUUCUCUGCUGCAUCUGCUUAAGAUCUCGUCUGCGGUGGUUUCUUGUCUCGCCUCAACAUUCUCAGUACCAAUUUCUGUGUAUCUCUUUACACUGCCACUUCCAUAUCUUGGAGUGGCAUCAUCCCUGCCAAAAGGCUUUGUGGCUGGAGCCAUUGUUCUUGUUAUGGGUUUGCUCAUCUAUUCUUGGACACCUUCAGUGAGUUCCUCUAAUGCCUCCACAGCUCCUACUAACCACUAAAAUCUUAUCACUGUCAUUGACUCAUUGGCACCCCUUAGCUCCAACUCCAACACCUACAAUGGCUAAAUCAAAGCCUUGUUUUUUUGGUAGUGAAAAAUAAUAUUUUGUUGUAAUCGUAUUUCAAUUGUUCCAUAAUGUAAAAUGCCUAAUAAUGUGCAUUCAUGAUCUUAAAACAAUUAAAGAUCGCACAUCACAUCACAUCAAUUAAGUUUGUGUGGAAUGUGGAUUCUCAGUUAAAAAGGAACACGAAUAGAAUUGAGUUAGGAUCUUCGUAGUUUUUGUAGUAAUUUUGACCAGUUUUAAUUAUGAAUUAAUAAAUUGGAUGACAAAUUACUGUUAUUGAUUAUAUCAAUCGAUUACUAGAAA